UAAACAUUCAUAAAGUCACAAAAGAAAAGAAAAAAAGGGUCGAUCGUUUCCCCAUCUCUUCUAUUCAGCAAAAUAAAGUCUAUUAUUUCCCUUGGUCAAAGAGACUCCGAUCACCGGAUAGAUGUUUCCGGUGGCCGGAGCUUUCGUCUCUUCACAACCUAGAACUUCGUGCUGUACAUCACAGAAAUCAGAGUGAUUAGUUUUCGAUUUCAGUAAUCUGAUGGAUUCUGAGGACGACGAGGUCUCUACCUCUGGAAAGACGACGAAGAGAGGUUUUCUAGCUGUAACUAUGCGAUGGUGUGCCGCGCUUUUGCUUCCAGUAGUUUCAUUCUUUUUUGUGACUCUAUCGUUGAGUUUAGUUGCUGUUUUUGUCGCCAAUUCCUUGAUUACUAGUCCCAUUUCUUUGCGUUCUCAGUGCAAGAUUGUUUCCAGCAGUGUGGACCUUAGGUCAUCUAAGGUUUGUGAACUUGGGCUACUGAAUUAUAAAGCCAAGAACGUCUUCUACCCCCAUGAAAGAAAUAAGUUUAGAUGCCGUUAUGAUUACUAUUGGGCGUCAGUGUUCAAGGUUGAAAUGAAGGAUCAUUUUUCUGGCAAGGCUCGGGUUGCUUUGGCAGAGGCUCCAAACGAAGCCCUUCCUCAUAAAUGCCGGCCUAAUUUUGGUGCUGCAUGGUUGGCUAAAUAUAAAUUCAAGGUGAAUGAAACAUAUGACUGCUGGUACUCAUCUGGCAUUUCCAAAGUGAGCUUAGACUAUGAUGGAUUUUCCAGUUGUCAAGCUCAAGAACCUACAACAAUCGAGAUGAUUAAAAGAUACUACUUCCUUCGCUUCUGUGAAACUUUUUUCUCUCUCAAACUUGGUCAACAAGAUUAUGAGGGCUACACUUGACUAGAUAUUGGGAAAGGCGUAACUAGGCUGAGCUUGGGCUUGUUGGAUAUUUCUAGUUGACUUGCUACAUUAAACAUGAUCACACUCUAUUAAUAUUUGGAACAACAUGCUCCAUUAAACUGGAAAACUCAUGGUUCAUUGCACCUUUUACUUUAGUUUUCACUCGUCAUUUAAUAAUUGUCGACUAAUGUUCACAACCUCUUUCUCUCUCCCAAGAUCCAUUUAGAAACUUCGUGAAAUGUGAAUUCCUGCUUGUGUCCAGAGUGUUGCAUAAUCUAACUGCUGAUGAUGUUUCCUUUUGGUAUGAUCAGCUGGAAGGUUAAAUAUAUUAACUUGUACUUAUGCUCCUAGAUCACGUAAAGCAACUUAAAGUUUCUAAGAAAAUGUUCCAGAUGGCUUAGUUGCAUGGUAGCCGGUGGGAAUGGAAUUAUGAUACAAGUGGGAAUACUAUAAGUAUUACUGGUAUAUCAUUGUUUGGGUUAGAAGUUGUUGAGUGGAGAUUAAUUAUAAAUAGAGUGAGUGGGGAGGAAUGAAAUUACCAUUGUUUUGUCGGAUUAGGGCUUAAGCUAGUAUACUUGAGAGGGAAGACUCUAAAUACCUCAAGUACUUGAGGGAGUUAUAUCGUGAUUUCGUUAUAUUUGGAUUCUCUAUUUUUGGUUUCCUUUAUGGAGUUGGUUUGUUAGAUUUUAA